CUAACGAAGUUUAACCAAACCAAUGCAUUGGGGAAUAGGAACCGCACGCAGUUGCUUCCAUAUUGUUUGGGAACUGCAGACGUGCCGACCGAAAACAAGCUCAGGGAAUUCAUCCGGAGACCGUGAGAGAUAUGAACGCUAUAGAUUGGCAGAUCGGUGAUGGGCUGGGUGAGUCUUUGGGUGGUUCCCUUCCUGCUGGGGGCCUCUCUGGGACCAGCUGAAGGAUGGAGGACCGGCUCUAAAACCAGCACUGUGGAGAACGCCACAGAGAGACUCCACUUCAGGCAAGUUGGAGAAGAAGGGAAGACCAGCACGUUUCCCCUCGGAGUGGAAGGUUCGCAGGGGGCCUGUAGGGGGCGCUACUGCAGCCGGGGGCGUCGGUGUGUCGUCUCCGAGGACUCUGGGAAGACGGAGUGCGUGUGUCAGGAGAAGUGCCGCCCCGCGUUCGUGCCCGUGUGCGGCUCGGACGGGCGUUUCUACGAGAACCACUGCGAGCUGUACCGGUCUGCGUGCCUGAGGAGGAGGAGUACCUACGUGGUGCACAGCAAAGACUGCUUCUUCAGAGGUGAGGCAUGCACGAUGGCGGACUACAAUAGGCUGAAGAGCACACUGCUGGACAUGCAGCCCAGGGCCUGGGGCUCCGGGGACCAGACUCAGGAAAACCGAAUGGACCGAAAGAGGGCCGUGGUGGACGCCAUGUUUAAGUACAUGGAUGUGAAUGGGGACAGCAGGCUGGAGAGCCAGGAGCUGGCACAGAUAUCUGUGAAGGAGCACCUGGAGGACAGUCUUCUGGAAUGUUCCAUGCAGGACCUGAUCCGUUACGAUGACUACAACAACGACGGCCAUCUCUCUCUGCAGGAGUUCUACACCGCUUUCCAGGUCAUCCAGCUCACCCUUCCAGAGGAGAAGCAGGUGAGCGUCUCCACGGUGACCGUGGGCCUCAGCACCGUGCUGUCCUGCGCCAUCCAGGGAACGCUGCGGCCGCCAAUCAUCUGGAGGCGGAACGGGAUCGUGCUCAACUUCCUGGACCUGGAGGACAUCAACGACUUUGGCGACGACGGCUCGCUGUACAUCACCAAGGUAACGACCAUCCACAUGGGGAACUACAGUUGCCACGCCUACGGGUACCAGGAGCUCCAGCAGGUCCAUGUGCUCCAGGUGAAUGUUCCCCCGGUGAUCCUGGUGUACCCCGAGACCCAGGCCCAGGAGCCCGGUGUGGGGGCCAGCCUGCACUGCUACGCCGACGGCAUCCCGCCUCCCAGCAUCCUCUGGCUGAAGAACGGCGUGGACCUGCUGCCCAAGGGCUCCAAGCAGCUCUCCCUGAGAGCCAACGGGAGCGAGCUGCACAUCGCGAGCGUGCGGUACGAGGACACGGGCGCGUACACCUGCAUCGCCAAAAACCAGGUGGGCGUGGACGAGGACAUCUCCUCGCUGUUUGUGGAGGACUCGGCCCGAAAAACACUUGCUAACAUUCUGUGGCGUGAGGAAGGCCUGAGCGUGGGGAACCUGUUCUACAUUUUCUCCGACGACGGGAUCACCAUCCUGCAGCCGGGCGAGUGUGAGAUCCGGAGACGCAUCCCGCACACCGAACGCAUACUGGCCAGCCAAGAGGAGAUGUGCCCCAGAGCUGAAGGAGACGCGACCCCCCGCUGCGCCUGGGCCUCGGCCGUCAGCGUGCGGGACAAGUACAUCUACGCCUCCCAGCCCCUCCAGAGCCGGCUGCUGAUCGUGGACACGCAGGCCCAGAGAGUGGCUCAGGUGGUGCAAACAGACCCGGUGCCAGUGAAGCUCCAUUACGACAAAUCUCACGACCAGAUCUGGGUGCUGAGCUGGGGAGACCUGCAGCAGUCCCGCCCCUCCCUGCAGGUGGUGUCGCAGGCCAGCGUGGGAGAGGAGCACCACGUGAUCCGCACCCAGUUCAGGAGAGUCAACGACUUCUUCAUCCCGCCCACCAACCUCAUCAUCACGCACGUCAGAUUUGGGUUCAUCUUCCUGAAGUCCGAGCCGGCGGUGCACAAGAUCGACCUGGAGACGUUCCACCGCGUCAAGACCAUCAGCCUGAAGAACUACAGCUGUGUGCCGGCCGGCAUGGCCUACACCCACCUGACCGGGCUGUACUUCGUCCAGUGCCUGGGCCAGAACCGCACGUCCGGCCCGGGCCAGCUCAUCAUCGACAGCGUCACCGACUCCGUCAUCGGGCCCAACGGCCGGGUGGCGGGGAGGCCCCGCGUCUCGUCCGACGGCCGCCACGUGGUGACCCCUGACCCCCGCGGCGGGAAGGUCAGCGUGCAGACGGUCGGCCCCCGGGGGGCGCUGCGGCUGAGCCGGGAGCUGCAGACCGGCCUGGACGUCUCCGACCUGACCUUUCACCCCUCCUCCGCCGAGUCCAACCGGUACGUCGUCGUGGCGACCUCCAAGACGCGCGGAGACCUGCUCUUUUCGGACCUGUCCUCGGGGACCACCCGGGUUCUCCAGAACCUGAAGGACCCGGUCCCGUCCGGGGCCUGGCCCUGGGGCGACUCCAACCGCGUGGUGGUGUCCAGCGGGCUGUUCGGGCGGUUCCUGGUCACCCCGUCGGCGGGCUCCCUCUUCGUUCUGGACGGGAAGCAGGGCAGCCCGCACUGCGAGGUGUCGGACGUCCGGCGAGGCAACGCGGUGGUGUGGGUCGGGGAGGUAUGA